GAAGCUUAAUGUUGGACAACAUCAGAUUCCACCUUAUGAGAGGCAACGUUUAGAGAGAGUGAGGUUUAACGAAGAAAGAAUGAAAGCAAAAGGGUUUGGAGGUUUGGCAAACAAGUCAUUACUCGACAAAACUCAGGAGAUUCUCAGUGGAUGGAAGAUGAUGAAAUAUUUUCAUCUGAUGACGAGUACUUCACAUCAGACUAUGAGGGUUAUGACGAGGAGAACGAAACUAAUAAUGAUGCGCGGCAAAAUACUAUGGAGGUGGAAAAAGAGGGAGUGAAGCACCCAUUAUCUCAACCAUUAUCUAUGAGGGAGUUUGUGCAUAAAAAUGGGCAACGGAACCAACAAGCAAAGGAUAACACACAAUCUGAAAAUGUCGAGCAAAACAGGCGAAAAUCCGUGGGGACUGCCAAACCUGCAAAACAGCAAAUGACAAAGGAUAUUGCACGCCCUCAAAAGCAACAACCAAAGGGAAAGACACAAGAAAAGGAGUAUUGUAUUCCGGGGUCUAUAUCUUCAUUUCGCUUGUUUCGGCAAAAGCAGUUAGAAAAGAUGCGACACACCACAGACACGGAAUCUCCUAUUACCAAUGGAAUGACACAUGAAGCAAACUUGGAAAUUCAGAUUCCUUCCACUAUAAUAAGAAAUGAUGAAGUUGAACAUGAAUUGGAGCAACAACCAAUAAAUGAAGAAAUAGAAGUGGAAUCUCAACCAAAUGAAAGAAUAGAGGAAGCUUGUAAGAGUAAAAAGCAACGAGGUCCAACAACGUUAACAAAGGUCCACUCGCGUACAAGAGAAGAGCGUGAAGCUAUUGUACUGAACUCAAUCGGCCAACCAGUUGGACCAACAAAAGAAGUUGUUGAUGAAUUUAGCCUCUUCUUGGGUACAGUUGCUAGGGAUUCCGAGCUUGCGCCUCUUAAUUAUAGAAAAUUCAAACUUUUGCCCACACUUGAUAAAAUAUGGGAUUAUGUUUUGGUAUGUUCCUUUCAUUGUUUCUUUUCUAUAUAAGCUCAUUCAUCAAACUGAAAACAUGUAUACACUACUAAUUGAGCUCAUUCAUUGGACCGAAUACCUUAUAUACUACUAAUUGAGCUCAUUCAUUGUUGGGUUAGGAAAAGUACAUGGUUCCCGAUCAAGGGAAAAAAUGGGUUUUCGAAUCUAUAAAUGCAAGUUGGCGUGGUCAUAAAUGUAGGGUAAAGCAAAAGCACUACUAUGCACAUGAAACUGAUGAGAAAAGGUGGGAAAAUCGUCCAAAAACAGUUUCCGAUUCUCAAUUUAAAGAUCUUUUGGAAUACUGGAAUUGUUCACUAAUCGAGAAAGAAGCAAAAAUUAAUAAAGGCAAUCGUGGAUCACUAGAUGAUAUGCAUACUAUGGGUCCGAAGUCAUACGCAAUGUUACGUCAUAAGUUGCAACAAGAGGAUCCGGAUAAGCAAGAGCCUUCACAAGAAAAGGUCUACAAAGAAUCGAGGAAAAGAAAUCCUGAAAAGACAUACCUCACCAACAACGAAAAAUCUAUAUCCAAUAUUGCCAAGAUGGAUGCUUUACAAAGUGUUGAACAUGGAGAAGAUGGUAACACUAAGGAUCAUUACUCUGAAGUCAUACAAGAUCCUGUACGCAAAAAUCGUGUACGCCUUUAUGGAAGAGGUGUAACAAAGACUGAUUUGAAAAAAAAGGAUACAAAUUCGGGUUUCAUAUUUCCACAGGAGUUUUUACAAAGUAUGGAGACUCAAUUGGUGCAAAAGCUAGCACCGAGCGUGGCAUCUGUCAUUCUUUCUCAAAUUCAAGCCGCUAAUCCAGGAGUAGAGCUUGUGAUUCCUGACUUUUCAAUUGGUACAAAACCAAAGGAUGCAUCUAGAGAUCAACAUCCAACUAGUGACACCAAUGAGCAAGCUUCUAAUGGCCCUCAAUUGUUAGAUUGUGAGGAGAGACUUGGUGAAAUUCCGGAAGAUUUGGGAUCUAACCGAGCCGGACAACCUUUGGUUAAUUAGUGAAACUCGGGAGAGCAGCAAAAUAGAUCAAGUGGAGCGAUAUUUAGAAGCAAAAUGAUCUAUAUGUGUACUUAAAAGGAAUUUGUGGUACUAAAACAAAUAUUUAUUAGUUGGGUUUGAUUGAGUACGUUAAUUAUCGUUAAUUAGGAUUUGUCAUGUAUACUCUUAGUUUAAUUAGUUUUGGAUAUUAUGAUACAGAUAUAUAUGACGAUUAUUUUUGGAUAUUAUGAUACAGAUAUAUAUGAUAAUUAUU